GUGCGCGGUGCGCCCCGUGCCAAGCUAACUGCGUGCCUGUCUGUCUCUCUCCGUCUCCGUGUCUCUGCCGGGGAACCGCGCUCCUAAAAUAACCCCGCUACAAUGCGCCAGCCUGACUCAGCCGCAGACAGCAGCAGCAGUAGCAGCAGCAGCAGCGCGAGGACGAAGAUGGCGCACCCGGCGAUGUUCCCUCGAAGGGGCAGCAGCAGCAGUAGCACCACUGGUGGUGGCAGCGGCCCCCCUCCCAGCGCCGGUGCUGGCGGUGCUGCCCUCUCCGCGGAGGAGUAUCAGCCACCUCUGCUGGGCCAGCCGCUGCUGCCUGUGUCUCCCGCAGCAGUGUCUGCCUCGCCGGGUCCCCAGCCGGCACCUCCUCCUCCACAGAGCCUGAACCUCCUCCCGCAGGCACCGCUCCCGCAGCAGCCUCUGGGCCAGGCCGGAGCACAAAUGAAGAAGAAAAGCGGCUUCCAGAUCACUAGCGUGACCCCGGCCCAGAUCUCGGCCAGCAUCAGCUCCAACAACAGCAUAGCCGAGGACACAGAAAGCUACGAUGAUCUGGAUGAGUCCCACACGGAAGACCUGUCGUCUUCCGAAAUCCUGGAUGUUUCGCUCUCCAGGGCCACUGACUUGGGGGAACCCGAACGGAGCUCCUCUGAAGAGACUUUAAACAACUUCCAAGAGGCUGAGACUCCAGGGGCUGUCUCUCCAAACCAGCCUCACCUUUCUCAGCAGCACCCUCCUUUGCCUCACCCCGCCCAGCAGAGCGUUGUGAUCAAUGGGAGUGUUCACCCGCAUCACGUUCACCACCACCAUCCCCUCCAUCACCAUGGCCAUCACCAUCCAUCUGCUCCUGGAGUGGGCAGCACACCAGCCUCUGGAGGACCACCUCCCAGUCCAUCCUUUAGAAAACUGUCCACAACUGGAAGCUCUGACAAUGUUAUAACAACUGCACCAGUUUCUGCUGCAUCAUCCACUGGUAGCCCGGCAUCUGUCAUGUCCAAUAUCCGCACUACAAGUACUCCUGGCAAUAUAGGUGUGAGUCCUGUUACUGGAACUAGUACGUUAAGUAAUAUGGGUGGUGGUAGCUCUGGUGUGACGAGCGGCAUGGUUGGUACUGUAAAUUUAAACAACAUUACAAGUACUGGUAACGUAAAUGCUUUGUCUGGAACUGGCAGCAGUGUUAAUGUGAAUAUCUUGAGUGGUAUUGGCAAUGGUACGAGUGCUUCCUCUAAUGUCAUUAACAAUGUUACUAAUCCAACAGCAGGAUUGGGAUCAAGUCAGCAGCAGCCUGCAGCUGGCACGUCAAGGUUUAGAGUUGUAAAAUUAGAUUCCAGCUCUGAACCUUUUAAAAAGGGGAGAUGGACAUGCACUGAAUUCUAUGAUAAAGACAACACUGUUGCAGUUACAGAAGGAGUAGCAGUAAACAAGGCGGUAGAGACUAUAAAACAAAACCCACUUGAAGUGACUUCUGAAAGGGAGAGCACCAGUGGGAGUUCUGUUAGCAGCAGUGUAAGCACACUGAGUCACUACACAGAAAGUGUGGGAAGUGGAGAAAUGGGAGCACCUACUGUGGUACAACAGCAAGCAUUUCAAGGUGUGGGUCCACAGCAGAUGGAUUUUAGCAGUGCUGGUCCUCAGCCUAUUCCAGCAUCCAGUAUACCACAGAGUGUUUCUCAGUCACAGCUUACUCAAGUCCAGCUGCAUGCCCAAGAAGUAAACUAUUCGCAGCAAAAGCAAGGGGUCCAGCCUCCUGCGUCGGCCAGCCUAACCACCGUUACUGGAGUUCAAUCAACCCCAGUUAAUAUAGUAGGUGUAUCUUCAGCUUUAGGCCACCAACAACCUGCCAUGCAGAGUAUGGCUCAACAACAACUACCAUAUUCUCAGCCAGCACAACCUGUGCAAACUUUGCCGGUUGUACAACAGCAGCAAUUACAGUAUGGACAACAACAGCAGCAACAACAAGCAGUUCCUACACAGAUGGCCCCGGGGCUUGUUAAACAAGUGAGUCAAAACUCUGUUACAGGGACGAUGCCAGACUACAUGCAACACCAACAGAUACUUCAGACUUCAGCACCUGCCAUGCAGUCUGGUACUACAGCAGUAGGAACAGGCACGCCAGUUCCUGUUGCUCAGGCACCAAGCAUGCAGCCUUCAGUACAAGCACACCCUGCCGUGACACCAGCCCAGCCUGUUGCACAUGCUCAAACAGCAAUGCCAGCGGUAGGUACUAGUGGUCAGAUUAUGAAUGUUGGACAACAAGGAAGUGUACCUACAGUUGUGCAGCAGGCACCUGGUGCAAACCAAAUUCCUCCUCCAGUUAUGCAACCAAGCACUGCUCCUCCAGCUUCACAAGUGGUGCAGUCUGUUCAGACUGGGAUAAUGCAGCAAGGACUACAGUCUGGUGGCCCAAGCCUUCCUCAGCAAAUGAUCAUUGCUCAGCAAAGUACUUUGUUACCUGUACAACCGCAGGCACAGGCCGUAGAAUCUGUAGCGCAAGGAAUGACCAGCCAGCAGUUGCCUGCAGUUAGUCCUAUACCUUCUGCUAGUACUGUUCCUGCUCCAAGCCAACCUAGUUCAAAUAUCCCUCCUGGUAUACCGUCUGCUUCUAUAAGUAUGGGUCCACCACACAAUAUAGCACAAGCUUCAACUGUACAAAAUGGGAAUUUGGUUCAAAGUGUUGCUCAGCCUUCCGUGAUAUCAACAAGUAUAGGUAUGCCAGUAGCACCAAGUCUGCCACAACAGGUACCACUAAGCUCCACCCAGUUCCCUGCACAAUCACUAACUCAGUCAAUUGUAAGCCAAAUUGAAGAUGGCAGGCGCCCUACAGAACCUUCCUUAGUUGGUUUACCUCAAGCUGCUAGUGGUGAAAGUGGUGUUGGAGCAUCAGCUCUUUCAGAUGGGAGUGGCAGCAGCAUAACGUCCUCUGCUUCCCUUUUUCCUCUGAAGGUACUGCCGCUGACAACACACCUUGUUGAUGGUGAGGAUGAGAGCUCCUCCGGCGCCAGCGUGGUAGCUAUCGACAACAAAAUCGAGCAGGCGAUGGAUCUGGUGAAGAGUCACUUGAUGUAUGCUGUGAGGGAGGAAGUGGAGGUCCUCAAAGAGCAAAUCAAAGAGCUGAUUGAGAAGAACUCUCAGCUGGAGCAGGAAAACACUCUGCUAAAAACACUAGCAAGCCCCGAGCAGCUCGCCCAGUUCCAAGCACAGCUGCAGACUGGUUCCCCACCUUCUUCUUCCCAGCCACAAGGGACAACACAACCAACUGCCCAGCCAGCAUCACAGGGCUCGGGGCCUUCAGCAUAGUCUCUGAUGUCCUGGCCCUUGUGGCCAGUGUGCUCUGGAUUACCCAGAGAAAGGAGGACUAGCGGGAAUCCGCCAUAGCUACCCUCAUCCAUUUCAAUGCACGCUGUGAUUCACCCUUGAGGACUCUGCACUGCACACACCAACAUGAGAUAAGACUUUUUUUUUUCAGUAUUAAGCACUCGUCUGUAUGCCUGUCUCUUUGUUUUGUUUUGUUUUUGGCUUGAAGGAGUUUUUAUUUUUAGGUUGGUUAAUUAAAAAAAAAAGCUUCUUCCAGAGAAUUAGCACAAAUACACUGGGGACUUGAGCAGCUUCCACAAGUGACUAAGAAACAGAGCUGCAUGCUUGAUGGGGUUUUUUUUGUUUGUUUGUUUGUUUUAAAUCUUCCACUCAUCCAGUGCUAUAACUGAUGCAAGUGCUUUCAAGCAUGAAAAUGAGAAGACAUAGACUGGAGUAGAAAAGAUAGAUUGAUACUUUUAUUCUCUCCCCCCUCCCCCGUGUCCUGUUGGGGAUCCAAAAUAAGGACUGAUGCAUAGGAGCUAAGUGGAACAGGGAGAAAAGUAAAUUCAGUGUUCAACACGUAAUUGUCAUCUGAAACCUUAAGUGCAAAUAUGUUUGCACCAUUUUCCAAAGUUGUGGACAGGUGCAAAAAGCAGGUAGGUGACAAACGGGGAGGGGAUAACUACAAUGAAGGUUAUUUGCCUACUGUAUAUUUGUGUAUUUAGUGUAAUUACUUUGUAAAAUAGAAAACUGUAACUACUACUUAGGUUGUACAGAUUGAAAUUUAGUUGUUUCAUUGGCUGAUCUGAAGCAGUUUGGAUAGUCUCUCUUUUUUUUUUAAAUGCUACAUAAAUAAGAAUGCACCUACGCAACUGUUCAGAAUUUGGCAGAUUUAUGCUGUUUGUGUAACUUCUGAAUUUCCCUGGCUGCUGAUUAUCUUGAAGUAAAUCUUUGUUCAUUGUAGUUUGGUUUAAGACCAGAAGAAACACUCCAAAACUGAUCAAUUCCUGCUAGCUGAAGAAAAAAAAAACCUGACAAAAAAAGAAAAAAAAUUGGAUUUCCCAGUAUGGAUUUUUGCAUAUGAUCUGUAUAGUAGUAUGCAUACAUUUUUGUGCAUGUUCUCUAAACAGUUGUAACACGUCAAUGUAUUUAACUGUUGCACUUGUCAACUUUCAAUAAAGCAUAUGAUGUUGAUAAAUAA